AUGGAGUUGGAGGAGGCUAAUAAUUUACUCGACCACUUUUUUCUGAAUGGUGGUAUGGAUCAUUGGGUGUCAAAAAUCUCCGGAGACGAUGAGUUUUAUGUGAAAGAUCUCAGGGCGUUGAUCGACAACAAAUUAACUACCCCGGUGGAUAAUCCUACAUUAUGGAUUAAAAUUGUCCCGCUAAAGGUUAUUGGUUUUGUUUGGUGCACGUUUAUGGACCGAAUCCCUACGACGGUGGCUCUCUCGUGUAGGGGCAUUCAACCUGCCUCCAUUUCAUGUCCCUUCUGUGAUUAUGGGAGAGACGACACAUAUCACAUUCUUCUUGGGUGUGAUGUUGUCCUUGAAGCUCAGGUUUGGUUAUACAAGUGGUGCAAUAUUCCUUUUCAAAGCUCUGUCUCGAUCGGGGAAUUUGUCAAUUUUGCUGGCACAUGGGGACAUUAUCCCAAAAAGAGAGAGAUAGUUCUUUCUAUUUGGCACGGUUUCCUCUGGUGUUGUUGCAAGACGAGGAGUGACAUGGUUUUUAACAAAAUUCAUACUUCUUCCUCAAAGUUGGUUGAUAAUGUGAUUACAUUGGUGUAUAGUUGGGUGAGUGUUGGGGGUAAUUUUGGAAACUAUAAUUGGGCUAAUUGGUGUUGUUGUCUGUUAAACAUUUUGUAA